AUGGGACUAACUUCCAAGGCGCCAAAAUUAAACCUACGUUCGACAAUGCAGCGACAUGAUGGGAAUUAUUAUCGCGAGCGAAAGCGGGAGCUAGAAGAAUUUUACCGAAUAUGCAAUGAGCAACUUGCUAAUGUUGAUCUUGCCUCAUCGAACAUUCCAUGGCCGGAUCUCUUAGUAGAAAAUCAUCCAGUAGAAGUUCCAGAACUGUUGGCAGAUUACACUUCUUUUGCAUUCUCUUCUGGUGGUGAAGGUGUAUACGACAGUUUCAUCGACUAUGUAGACGAGAAUGAAGUGGAAAAGGACGAUGAUUUAAGUUUUGUUCAUAAGCUUUCUUUAAAUGAUGCCCUCAGACAUCUAGCUAUUAUAAGUCGCCUGUCCCGUUUCACUAUUAGAACUAUCCUUGCUAUAAUACGAAAACACUUUCAAGCUCCUGUUCCAAAAUCAUCACAAACAUUGAUGAAAACACCAAUUCAAGUUGGCAAGCAAAUUUUCCCAAUAAGCGGUGGGCAAAUGUGGUACCGCGGAAUACAAUCAGUGCUACAAAACUAUUUUGAGUAA